CUUAAGCUGAUGUUCCGUUAGCUUGCAGUUAGUCAUUAACUUCGCAUGCUGUUGAUGUUAAUUUUUGCUUCAUGGCAAGUUAUUGUGGCCAAAAUUUCCAGUAGUUGUUAAGCGUGUAUGGUUUUCCUGAGAAUUCCCUGGUUUUUCUUUGGGAGAAUGAUCGUCAACAAAUGGCUGAUCGUGGCUUUUAUUGUUGCGUUUGUUAUUCUAGAGAUGCAAAUUCUUCAAAUGACGAAUGUUACAACACAUGAUGAUCACAACGGUAGGAGAAACCUUAAUCGGACCCAUUAAUUUCUCCUCUUAUUUUCUUAAUAGAUCGCUCUUUAAGAAGAUCUUAAGUGAUAGUCAUUUCAUGAUACCCUACAACUUUGGGAAUCAUUUAUGACUAAAAACACAUGUGCUCUUGUAAUGUUCAGUUUGACAUUUCGAGUUUCCACUUUGCUGGAAUGUUCUUUCAGAAUCUUAAAUACUUUCCUUUUAACUGUAUUUUGUGAUUGAUUUUCUCCACAUCGAGAUGAAAUAGAGAAUUCGUGUUUGUGUCAUUACGUAAAUCUCCAAACUUCCCAUAUCAAGCUAAGAAACGUCGUCCUUCGAGUAAAUACGCACAGAUUCGUUCUCGAUGCUGGCUCCGACUUGAUUUAUUAAAAAAUAAUUGGUUUAAGCAGCCGUUCUUAAUCCUUGGCUCGUAAGCCUAGGCAUUUGGGAUUAAUUGAAAGAUAAAGUUUAAAAUGUCAGUCCGUUUACAAUAACCAUCUAAACAGUUUUCAUGUUUUGUAUACAAGAUUAAAAGUACUACACCUAAAAUACGUUGUACCCGUAGCUUCUAGAUAUUGUGAACUUGAAAGCAGCAAAUGAUGAUGUUAGCUAUCAUUUUUAAUAUUGAUUGGAUGAUAAACAUUGGGUUUCUGACAGGUUUAAAAUAAUCCUCUUUCCACUUUCAAGAGCCUUAUUUCUCCCACUUUAACCAGCUUUACUACUAACUAAUUUCAACUAGCUUUACUACUCUCCAAACUAACAAAAAGGGUUUAGAAUAUCAAAGCGCAAUGGAAAACGAAGACAUCUAGAGUGUUAUCCACUCCAUGUGCUCUGUUUUAUGUUAGAAUGAAACUUUUUGUGUAAAUAACAUUAUCAAAUCAUGAUUAAUGAAGAGGAAGUAUAAAAGACAAGGGAGAUGACCUGUUACAUUCCAUCCAUAUACCACUGUUAUCCAAUUUUCUCUGAGGACAUCAAUUUCUUUGGUAACAUACAGUAGUUGGUCAUUAACCUGGUGGUCAAUUCUCCUGUUCUUCACAUGUUCCUUUCUUUUAAUGCUUAAUUUUGUUCUUAUUUUAGAGUAUGCAGGGAAUUUGCCGUCUAGCAAUAUUUUGAGAGACAGGGGUCAAUUUGAAAACAACUAUGAGGUGCUGCAAUAUUUAUUGUUUCAUUAGUUUUUUCUCAGGCCAAUGUCAUGGCUAACUGAUGUGCAGUAACAUUAGGAUAAUGUUAAGUGGAAAGGAGAGCAUUCUCCACAUCAUAACCCUUUCACUCCCAAGAUCUCAUUUGUACUUCUCCUUACUGUCUGCUAAAUAACUUUUAUGUUGUUCGUUCUGAGAAUUUGGUAUUGGAUCAACUAGUAAUCCUGAUAGGGUAAGGAGAAAUUUUGUCUUAUUACCCAUGGGAGCUAAAGGGUCAAUAAAAACAGUUCAAUCCAUCAGAAUAUAAUGAGAGAAUUUUGUGAACUAGGGGAAGAAUUCUCCAAACUCGAACACCAAAUGAACACACUAUUGAAUUUGGAAGAGUCUUUUAAGAAUUAGACUGCUCUGCUGCAAGUUUAUUACUGUAGUGAGACAUACUCACUCAGUGGCCAGAGCUUAUGCUGGUUUGAUUGUACCAUAUCUGGAUGACAUGCAUGUGUAUUGGAACUUUAACCCUAUCAUUCCAUAGAUUGAAAUAUAAAUCCUCCAUACUGUUUGCACUACAUAUCUUACAAUUUUAGAUCUAAGAAUUUGAUGUUUGAUCACAGAUUCUCUCCUGGUUAAUUUUUCUCACUUAUCAUGACCUUUUUGCUCAAUAAUGUAUUGAAAUUGGAAGCAUUUUAUUAGGUUUUCUGGGAAUUUUUUUGGUAUCCUUUGCAAAUUUCUAUGCAAAUUGUUUUGCCCACCCACUUCAAUAAUCCACUCAUCCAAGUGGGCUUAUAACAGGAAAAUUUUUGUUUAGGAAAGGCAAUAAUGUGGCCCAUUACCAGGUAGGGCUUUUAAGUGUGUGUGAGGAGGGAGGAGGCAGUUUACAGUAACCACAUUUGUAGACUAGAGACCAGUUAGUUGCAUUCUUGUCUGAAGGAUGACACUAUCAAUACAUACAUAUGGAAAAAUUGCCUUAUUAUCAAAAGUCUCACACAAAUUGACUUAGCGCAAGCAGAAACCAGACUUAUUGAUCUUGAGGCUCUUCUGAUAAUUGGAUGGUAACUUCCCACUGUGCUCAGCUGUGACCCCAUUUGGGGUGCAUUGCCUGGAGGGGUCAGGUGCACAACUGCUCAUGCAAUGAUGUGUCAGUCCUUACAUGAAUGUAGAUAGCUUAAUUUACAUUUCUAGUCAAGGAAUUAAGUAGAAGUAAUACUUCUAACCUCAAUUUAGAAUGCAAAGUGGUUUUAAUGAGGUAGAUGUUAUUGUAUUAAUUCUUGUUAAUAUUAUACCCUUGUGCUCUUUUGGUGAUGUUAACCAGAGUUGAUAAAAUUUAACUCUUCAGAUUUGUAACUUUUUUUGUUUACAAAACUUAAUUUUCUAAGAUGUUUCAUUCAUUCUAUCUCUUUCAACAGUCUGACUCGUCCACUAGAGGGAAAGCCAGAUUACAAACUGAAGAUGAUCACAUCAUAAUUUUCUACAACAGAGUCCCAAAGACAGGCAGCACAUCUUUCAUGGGUGUGCUUUAUGCUUUAUGCCGUCCAAACAGAUUCCAUGCUCUGCACCUCAAUGUCAGUCGAAACUCUCACGUGAUGUCACUUUCUGAUCAGAUACGUUUUGCUCGCAACAUUACAACAUGGAAACAGGUGAUGCCAGCUGUCUAUCACGGUCAUCUUGCCUACAUGGACUUUCAAAGACUCGGUGUUUACCAAAGUCCCCUAUUUAUAAACAUGAUAAGGAAGCCUUUGGACAGACUAGUUUCCUACUACUAUUUCUUGAGGUUUGGAGAUGAUUUUAGGCCAUACCUUCGAAGAACAAGACAAGGAGAUAAAGAGGUAUGGAAGUUGUGUUUAACUUAGAUGGCUUAAAAAAAUGUGGAGGAGAGUUGUUUGAAAUUUUUGUACAUUUUGUGAAUUUUUGAACCAACCUCCAUGGAUUUUGAUUAUGGAUGACAGUAACUUGAAUUGUGUUAUCAAUUUGAGUUAUUGUAUAUAUGAGUAUUGAAGUUGGAAACAAUUUCAAAUGGCUGUAUGUGACAUGGAAUUGUUCUAUAUUGAAACAUACUUAUGGCAAAAAUGAUUAAUUUUAGGGAUCCAUUUAACCCUUUAACUCCCAAGAUCUGAUUGUCAAUUCUCACUUUUAGCUGUUACACAUUUCCUUGUAUAUUACACAUAGUUAUUAUGAGAAUUUGUUGUUACAUGUAGGUCAAAAUAACAACUUUUACCUGAUAAGUUUGACAACAAUAUCUACACAUUGGACAAUGAAUGAAUAUCAAAAAUUGUUGAGAGAAGUUACGUGUUAAUCACAUCUCUGAGAAAAAGGUGGAAAGGUUGUCACAAUAUUGAUAAUUCGUGUCUUCCUGUCUUAGGAAAAUGUUGAUUUCUUUCCUGCUCACCUAAUUCUAAAGGUCAUUUUUUGUGGGAAAAUGGUGAAAUGUGUGAGUAACAUAGCACUUUGAAGUAAACUAGCUGAUAUGUUCCAUUUUCUGACUAGACAUUUGAUGAAUGUGUUAAGAAUGGAAAUCCAGAUUGCAGGCCUGAGAGGCUGUGGCUGCAAAUUCCAUACUUUUGUGGUCAUGCACCGCAGUGCUGGUGAGUUCCACUCCUGUUUGUCCCUCUUUUUUUUUUUGUUUUUUUUUUUGUUUUUUUUGUUAUCAAUAGCCAUGUUUUAUUAGUCAACAUAAGUUAUUUUAAAACAUAAAAUUUGGCAGUUUAUACUGUUCUAAUCAAUGACACAUGUAAACUGUAAGUGAGUGAAGCCUGCAGGAUUUUGACCUGGCACUGGAGAUAAGAAAAGUGGUAAUUAGCCAUGCAGAAUUCUGUGCCAAAAUUUGACAGCCUGAAGCAUUUGUUCUUUAGAUGUGGUGAAUAUUCUCUUGUUUCUUUACACUAUUUUCUUGUCACCAAAUUCCUGAAUGAAAAUGCUGAGGAUGUGAGUUGAAGUAGUUAUGGUGUGAGAGUGGCUCACACCACUAGAAUAGAAUACAGAAUAGAAUGCAGUGACUGAUAGUAUCACUUGCACCACUGCAUGUACCCCCUUUGUCCCCCCUCCCCCCUGCCCUCCACCUUUAAACCUUCAGGAGCUCCUUCAGGAAAAAAAUUUGUACAUGCUGUUUUCAAGGAAACCACCACAAACAAAAUAUCUCUAUGUCUCCUAAAAGUUUAUUAAAUGCAGACUUUAAUAAAAUUACAAGUUAUUUUGAUUUUUACUCAUCUUAAAGCAGAAAAAUGAUCAAACAUCAUUCUACAACUCUUAAUGUGCACUCAUGUGCAUAUGGAGAUUUUUCACAUAAUUUUUGGAAAAUGUAUGUUGAAGGGAUUGACUUAAAUAUAUUUAAAAACAACAAAUUUGUGGCCAAAGUUGACCUGUGAAGCUUUGGAGUAACCUCAACCCACUUACUAAAAUGCAAUAUCAGGAGUGUUUUAUGUCUGACUAACUUCCCCCCCCCCCCAGAUAGAAGUCCUCAGGAUACCCCCAUGAUUUUUCAGGUUUCCAGCACAGCACAGUGAUAUUGGCCAAGCUUCAUACCAGAGACCUUUUUUUUUUUUUUGCAUUCACAUUCCAGCACCAUGACCAUUUAUACCCUAACAUCAGUAUCUACAUUCUCCAUACUUUUCUUAGAUACAUUUCUUCUGUUACUGACGAGGAGAAUUUGUUCAUAAAUCAAAGCUUCUUAAGUUGGCAAUCAUUUCGUUUAAGAAGAAUUCAGCCACAGGUCACUCUUAUCAAUAAAAGGUUUAAUUACUUAGCAACUACUUUAACCAUAAAUUGUAAUGAAUUUCAGGUCACCAGGAAAUAAAUGGGCUUUGGAGCAAGCUAAAAGAAACUUAGUUGAAAAAUACUUACUAGUGGGAAUCACUGAGGAAAUGGGGAACUUUGUCGCAGUUUUGGAAGUAGUACUGCCAAGAAUAUUUAAAGGGGCAACAAAAUUGUUUAAUGAAGGUGAGAAGAAUUAUCACUAAAUACACAUGCUUAUUAAUAGCGGAGCUCGCGUAGCCCCAUAAUCAUACAAAAUAGUAGUAACCUAUCAAGCCGAAAAACCGUACAAGUUGCUACUUUUAACAUGCGUGGUCAACUGUACCGCGGGCACGCCAACACCACGACUUUGUCCAGUAGUCCAGUGGUCAGAGCACUGGGCUCCGAGUCGGACGACUCGGGUUCUAAUCCUGGCCGGGGCAAGGCGUUGUGCCCUUGAGACGUGCGGGAAAAAAAUGCGAGCUCCGCUUUUAGGCUUGGCUAAAUCUAUAUAUUAAUAUGUGGAGAAUCCUUUCUGUUGGAUUUUUUUUGUUCCUUCGCAAAGUAAUGCCAUUUUGCUAUGAAACUUGUUCAAAAUAAAUAGUGUGUAUGUAUAUGGAAUAACCUUCAAGACCAAACUUCAAAAUCAUUUAUUACAAUUAAAAUAAAGAAAAAAAGAAGCUUGUCGAGCAAAUUAGUUAAAAGUCAGAAUGGUUUUUUUUUUCUAGACUAAAAUUAAACCAAGAAAUGUUUUGUUUUUGUGUCGAAGCAACACGUACAUAGAAGAGUUUAUACAGUUCACUUCUCUAUUCUUGAUUUUUCUGUAUUGAAUUUUCAUUUACUAUUUUUGUACUUUUUUCUGUUUCAGGUGGUAAAUCUCAUCUAAGGAAGACAGCAUCGAAGAAACCAUUGGAAAGUUCAACAAUUGAAUACUUUGAACAAUCAAAAAUAUGGAAAAUGGAAAAUGAUUUUUACGAAUUCGCUAAUAAGGUUUUUCAAGAUGCCAAGAAGAGGGCGCUGAUAAUGAAGGACGGUACCUUAGAACCUGUAAAAAAACAAUUCUUUUACGAGAAAAUAAGGCCAAAAUAAGCCAGUUAAGUAUUUGAAUUACUCAGAUUUUUAAUAUAUACUCAGGAUAAUUUUCCCCUUAAAUGAGCGAGGAGUUGAUAUUGAUGUCCGUAAGAGUGAAGUAUCAACUGAAGCCGCUCAUUUUAACACUACUGAGUUAACACGAGGAGUUGAGAUAAGCACGAAAUGACACGGCCAACAGCGUCACAUUGUCUCUGAAACUCGCUCAAUAUUAACAUCAAGUCGUCAAAUUUAGUUGACUUUCUCGGUGUGGAAUGUUUAUGGAGCAACAUUCAAGUCCAGAGAGAAAAAGAGAAAAAUUGGGAUCAAUGUCAGUAUUAGACAACUGCGCGCUUACCCCUCCCCUAACCCUACAGCAGUCAAAGGGGAGGGUUAGUGUUUGGUUACGGGAGGAGUAGGUGCGCAGUUGCUCAGUGAUCUAAAAAUUGAUGUCGAGUGUGGACUCACUCCUUAAAAUGUUGAAUUGAAAAAUUUCCUUCCGUAAUCGUGCAGUUGCGAGGGAAAAAUUAAGAAUUGAAAUGAAACAUAGCACUUACACAAUUCUGCUGCCUUUGCGUUGUUCGGAAAAUCCUCUUGAAAUGGAGACUACCCGUGAAGGAGAAAAUUGUCACUCAACUACUACAUGGGGAUCUUGUGGAAAAAGACAUUGAGCAAAAUAUAGAAAAGGUACUGUAUGUGAAGUUCAGUUGUCUGACUGCCCGUUAAUUCGGAAUAAGUUAGAAACUUAAACUUUUCAAAAUCGUCUUUGCCAACACACUCCCCAUACUACCUCAAUAGGGCGAGUGUCGCAAAUCCAAUCCAAUAGUUAUCACAUGGUCAAUCAGUGCAAAGGUACACGACAGAACGAGCCAAUCACUGCUUAGAGUAAACGUAUGCGAAAAGAAAUGGUACCCAGACUAAGUCUUCUCUCAUUGGUUUAGAAGCAGGUG